UCUGAAGUUCGGAACGAAAGCCUAAAUAAUUCAACAGUAUCCCAGGAAUUUGCAUUAAUGCGUUCGGAAUACGACUUAAGAGUAGACCAACUGGAACAAGAUGUUUACGAGUGCUGCAGAAUUUUGAAUAAACUCAAUAACACUGAAGAUCUUAGUAGUUCCUUACCAAAAAAUGGAUCGGAAGCCGAAAAGUUUUUAACCUGGGAGUACAAUAUGAAAGACUUUCCCGUAGAGAACAUAGCCAUCCAGCUCAAAGAGGAGCACGUUUAUCUUCAGGCCUAUAAAAAGAAUCGGGGAAAGUGUCUGGAUAUCAAAAGAGAAAUUUUAAUGCCAGAGAAUGUGGAUAAAUCCAAAAUUUCAGCCACACUGACACCGAGAGGUAUUCUUACCAUAUCUGUUCCAAUCGUAUAA